UAUUGACGAAGAAGAUGUCGAUCUUGUCGACAUCUGAGCGUUUGCACCACGAAGACCGAUUUCGCCCCUCCUGGAUGUCUAGACAAGAGACAUUUCACACUCUCAUGAAACAUGGAGAGAGUAACGAGGUCAUGGACUUCAAUCUCAGGGUUCAGAAGCUAAAUGAAUACUACAAAAAUGUGAGACAUCAAAUCAUUGCUUACCAGAGCCCAACAACCGGCCUUUUCCCUGCCAGCACAGUUGGAGCAGAGAAAAAGGUUGCCUAUGUCCGUGACAGCAUCUACUGUGCCUCUGCGAUUUGGGCAUUGUCAGUUGCCUACAGGAGGAUUGACUACGAUAAGGGCAGGACGCAUGAACUCGGGCAGACGGCUGUGAAAUGUAUGAGGGGCAUUCUGCAUUGUUGGAUGAAACAAGCGGAUAAGGUGGAAAAAUUCAAAGUGACCCAGUCUCCAAAGAAUGCGCUGCAUUCCAAGUUUGAUAUGAUCACCGGCGACCCUGUCCUGAGGGAUGAGGACUACCAACACCUCCAGAUCGACUGUGUUGCCAUGUUCUUACUUUAUCUUGUUGAGAUGAUCGAGUCAGGGCUACAGAUUAUCUACACCACAGAUGAAGUGACGUUCAUACAGAACUUGGUGUUCUACAUUGAGAGAACGUACAGGACACCCGAUUUUGGCAUGUGGGAGAGGGGGAGCAAGUAUAAUAAUGGAUCACCGGAAUUACAUGCAAGCUCUAUCGGGAUGUCGAAGGCUGCUCUCGAGGCCAUCAAUGGUUUCAAUGUGUUUGGUCAACAAGGUGCUGUGUGGUCUGUGAUCUAUGUAGACAUCGAUGCUUACAAUAGGAAUAGGACAAUCUUUGAAACAUUGCUACCGAGAGAAUCAGCAUCAAAGAAUACUGACUCUUCACUAAUCCCCACUAUAUGUUGGCCCGCAUUUGCAACCCAUGAUGAACCGCUGAGGUCCAAAACGAUCGACAAGAUUACACGGAAACUGAAGGGACGAUAUGGUUUCAAACGAUUCUUACGAGAUGGUUACAGGACCGUUGUUGAAGACAAGAAUAGGAAGCUGUACAGGCCUGCUGAAAUUAAGGGCGGCAUGGCAAGCCUCGAGAACUUUGACGGGAUCGAAUGUGAAUGGCCUAUGAUGUUUGUCUAUAUGAUUAUCGAAAGCAUGUAUUCGGGCAAUGAAGAGAAUGUUCAGCAUUAUCAGAGUCUAUUGGAACCGUUAUUGAGAAGGACAGCGGACGGUGGAUAUGUUCUUCCCAAGUAUUACUACGUGCCAAAGGACUACAUUGAAGGGGAGAGAGCGGCCCCAGGGAGUCAGUCCAGGAUGCCCAGCCCUGAAGGCAGUAAGGAGGGCCUGUUCAUGUGGGGGCAGGCCAUAUAUAUCAUCUCACAGCUACUGGUUGAUGAUCUUAUUCAUGUGACGGAACUAGACCCCAUCAAACGAUUCUUACCAGCAGGGAAGCGGCCCAAACCCAGCAUCCGUUACUCCUCAUUUCAGAAUACUGCCAAAGAUCUUUCAGUUCAGGUACUGCUCAUCGCAGAGAGUAUCCGUCUCCAGCAGCUGCUUGCCACGUAUGGUAUCCAUGCGCAGACGCCCCAUCAGGUUGAACCGGUCCAGAUCUGGUCUCCGAACACUCUAGUCAAAGCAUACGAAUACAUGGGGCAGAAUAGGAAGUUAGGCUUGUCGGGGAGACCCAAGAGGCCUAUUGGACAGCUUGGUACAGCUAAGUUUUAUCGUAUAUCGAACACGACGGUGCUAUGUUACCCAUUACUGUUUGAACUGAGUGAUUUCUACCUGUCGCAAGAUAUGCCGCUGGUCAUUGAUGAACUGAAGAAUGACUUGGCAUUUCUUGCUAAGACAUGGAAGCUCGGAGGACGGCCAACAUUCUGUAUGCUGAUUCGUGAAGACACAAUCAAGAGCCCGCAGUGGCGCGACUUUGUCGAUUUCUUAGCUGAAAUGAAGCGAGGUGAAGUCAACGGUGUGAAGAUCAGGCUUGGAAGAUUACAGGAGAUGGUGUCGUCUGCUUGCAUCGAGCACUUGGACUUCUUCCGCGGCAGUCUGGACGAGGGCAGCACAUUCACCCCUAUCCAAGAGGUCGUCUCUGGUCUCAACUACGAGGGCUUGACUGAUCUCCCUAAAGAGGGAAAGAUUGAAGAUGACGCCACAAGUAUCAAUACCGUGGAACUGGAGAGGAAGUCUAACUGGGACUUGGUGAGAGAUCUUCACAACACAACACGCCUCUUACUCCAGAGUCAUAUCCUUCACAUCCUGCUCAGGAGGGAGGGCCUUAACUUCAGAGUGGAUGAUUGCACCGUCAGAGAUCACCUUCAGCAUCUUAUUAGGAAGGCUGGUGUUCAACAAAACUGGGCUGUUGUACGCUUCUGCUCCGCUCUGCUUCAUAAGAUAGUGGACAGCUUGGCACCGUCAUUGUCAUCUGUUUUAGUCCGUGGCAGGCAGGUGACUCUUGGUGUGUUCGGCCAUGAAGAAGAAGUGAUCGACAAGCCGCUCUCACCGGACGAAAUCCGUAACAUCCUCUACAUGAAGUGCUACCCCCAUGACAUCUACCAGGCCGUACUUCAACAGGAGAUGAUUCUCAAUGUGGGCAUGCUCUUCUCUGUCCAUCCAGAACUCUUUGAUGGGAUUCUCAAAGUUCGUAUCGGAUGGAUAAUCCAAGCUAUGCAGUUAGAAAUCAACUACAGCGAUGAUGAAGAACCCUCAUCCCUGUACGGCCUCUCGCCGGGGACGAUCCGUAAUCUUCUCCAUUCGAUCCUCAUGAAGCUCGACCUCGAUCAGGACUACAGCCAAGCGCCAGAGUAUAUGAAGUCAAGAAGGACCUCGACCGUGUCAGCCGCCUCUGACAGUCGCUCUUCUGACUCGGUGUUCAUCUUGGGGUAUAAACGGAGUUCGAUCUGGAGAAGACAGCUCGAUGGCGCUCUGAAUCGUGUCCCGAAGGACUUCUAUGAGAAAGUUUGGCAGAUACUGGAGAAGACAGCAGGGGGCCUGAAGGUGGCUGGCUAUCAUUUACCUCAGCAACCUACCCUCUCAGACAUGACUCUCUACGAGCUGAACUUCAUGCUCCUGGUCGAACAGAUGUUGAGUAAGAUUGCUGACCCUGCCUACAGACAAGUUGUAGUCGAGACGUUCAUGGUUGUGGCAACUAUUUUGGAACGAAAUCCCGAGCUCGAAUUCUCGACGGCUGUUGAUAUUGACAAGAUCAUUCAAGGUGCUUUCAAAGCCUUCCAGACUAACAAGAGCCAGACAUCUGAAUACGAGAAACAAGACAGUAUGCAUGCUUUCUACAACACACCGCCUAACAUCAAGCACGGAACUACCAGUUAUAUUGCAAAAACUGUUGUGGAAGAACUUCUUGCGGGUCAGAUUCUUAGCACUGGAGAGAACACGUGUUCUGUCAGUUAGAAAUAUAGUGAUAACUAUUUUGGUAGUGGACUGAACAAGCUUGUGGACUGAACAAAGGACAUGAAACAAUUCAAGUAUACCUCGGUUAAAAACCGGUGUGACAUUACUGAAUAUCACUACCUGAAAUACAGGCAUGGUAUCAGCUGGUACUCGGUGAGAAAACAAACUGCAUCGUUGCGUUGUGCUGAUCAUCGCUGUCUUCCUCGCCCACAAAUGUGCUGAAUUAUAGGAUUUAAUAACUGAACUGGUAUUCAGUUGCAUCAUGUUGAUCGUCCUGGUAUCUUCUCCAUCACAGUGUACUGAAUUGGAGGAUGUAGUAACUGGUAGAUUUGGCUAUUGGGAUAUUUACCCAGUUUUCAUGAGAUGGCAUUGGUCACUAUUCAAUAUUGUUGUAUAUGUUAUUACUGUCUGAGGCAAGAAAACCCUCCUAUCCAGUGUCAGUGUGAUUUAUGAGGAUACUGGUGGAGAUAAUGAAAUCUGUCUUUAGCCAAUUACAUUGUAUUGUCUUCGAAUGUGCUUUGUAGAUAAUGCCGCUGUACAAAUCUGUAUAUAAAUAAAACACUGGACUGAGUAUUUAUUGAUAAA